CCGAGGUCGUGCGGAGAUGGGUCGACCGCCAAGCUUCAGUGGAGCCAAAAUGUGGGCUUAAAAAGUCCCAGCUCCGGUGGAGAAGUCCUGAACUCUCUAAUGGUGUCAUGAAUUCUCCGCUGGCUACCUUGGCUUCAAUGUUCUGGGCGAAACCCCUCUUGCCCCGUGGGGAAACCCUAGGGUCGAUGGACUACAUAAAGAAGGCUUUUCUCCCGUCCCAAGCCCUGUUUACAAGUGGCAACCAACAUCACCUACCUCAGCAAUGCACAUAUCGUCACUUUUCUCGGCUACAGCCCUGGUGGCUGCCGCUACAGGCGCUGUCCUGCCACGCCAAGACGCGUCAUACUAUGGCUACCUCCUCUCCACGUUCACGGACGCCGACCCUCGAGUCUUCUGGUACCUGUCUACCGCCGAAAACCCCCUGGCAUUUACUGCACUCAAUGGCGGCAGCCCCGUGCUAGAAUCGACGGUCGGGACCAAGGCUGUCAGAGAUGUGUUCCUCACGGCGAACCAGGAGAAGUCGGAGUAUUUCGUCAUCGCUACUGAUCUGGAUAUCAACGCAGACGGAUUCUCCUGGGACGAGGCCACGCGCCGGGGCAGUCGAGGCCUGACGGUGUGGCGCUCGGAGAAUCUAGUCGAUUGGUCUGCGCCUACAUUAGCAAUCAUCGAAGACGAGACCGCCGGCAUGGCGUGGGCCCCUUCGGUGGUCUGGAACACCACCGAAAGCCAAUACUACCUCUUCUGGUCCUCGCGCCUCUACAACACCACGGACACCAACCACACCGGCACGGCCACGCUCGACCGCAUCCGCUACACGACGACCACCGACUUCGUGACCUUCGCCCCGCCGGCCGACUACCUCGCCCUGGACAGCGAAAACAUCCCGCUCAUCGACCAGGAGUUCCUGGCCCUCGGGGACACGCCAGGCCACUACGUGCGGUUCCUCAAGGACGAGAACGUCCUCCACGUCUACCAGGAGACCACGACGGGGGGUCUCUUUGGCGAGUGGACCCGCGCGGAGGGGUAUAUCCAGGAUGGGGUGGUGUAUGAGGGCCCUGCGGCGUUUCCGGAUAUCCAGGAUGCCACCAAGUUCCAUCUGCUGCUGGAUAAUUAUGUCGAAUACGUGCCGUUUGAGAGCACGGAUGUGGCUACGGCGGAGUGGGUGGCCUCGGACCGUACGGGGUUCUCGACGGGGUUGAAGCAUGGGAAUGUGGUGCUGGUGACCAAGGGGCAGUAUGAUGCUAUCGUUGCACGGUAUGGAGCGUAG